UUCCAAUCGCGCUUACUUACCAUUGUCAUUGUCUCAGUUCGUUGUUAACGUUUGUACAUUCUCUCGUCAUUAUUUUAGGUAAACUUCGCAACUUCCCUACAUCUUAUCCUCCAACCUUCUUUCCGUACAUCGUUUAAUCCUUAUCCGAGCGUAUUUCUAUUUAAGGCACCGCGCCUUCAAUUUUAUCCUCCGAAAUUUUACGCUCUUAAUCAAUCUCACUACUUAUCAUCUCACCAUGGAGGAGGAAUCUGAUAUUGAGGAUCGCGUCGCGUAUGAGCACGAUGAGGAUCUUGACGAAUAUGAUCUUGACGAAUAUGAUUCCGACGAGUCUGGCUUUGAUGGUGCCAACCCUUUUCUAGAUAUGGAGGCUGCUGAAUCCGAUGACGAAUCAGAUAAUUCGGAAGAUGCAUCCCCAAUCACGGAACAGUUCUUUUUUCCCCAAUUCAGAUCACUACCCCCCGAACUUCGCGCUCGCAUCUGGGAGUUCUUUGACCCGAGUCUUAGAGCAAAGGCCCGAGUGUUUCACAUGCUUCUCAGGAUAAACCCUAUGGAGUUCUGGAGAAGCGCACCUCUGAUAGAACAGACUGCGCCGGCGAGAGCAAUGUUGGCUACACAUCACGAGAGUCGUGCGCUAGCAUUGAAAUCAUAUCCCGAUACCCUUGAUGUGCAUCGAGGAAGAGGUGUUAUUCGUUACAACAGCGAGAGAGAUGUCGUACUCCUCUCUAUUAGCUCUAUCCUCGCCCCUACCGACCUAGAAGAGUUCUUUUCAUCUCUUGGGAAUACCAAAUACCUUGCCUUCAACCACCUUCGAGCGGUUAAUGAGGAGAUUCUCUAUCCGAGGCUGGCGACUCAUCCAACGCUGAAAGGAAUAUUUUACUGCUAUGACUGUUACGAGCUACCUCCCCGCGAUUUAACGUGGUGUAUUUCCGAUUCAAUCCAGCGCUUCUACAUUCAGCAGAUAGAAUAUGACACAGUGUUGGGCCCGCAACCUUUGGAAUCUAUGUAUUGCUGGCCGGACCUUGAGAACCAUCGAAAGUUCGCUGAAGAGCAUGCCCAAGCCACCUUUGGACAUGCCAAACCCUUGAAAAUUUGGACCAUGGUCGAAUUUGCAUUUGAGCAGGGGUUUAAACGCUACGAAAGACUCGAAGCCUCGGGCGGGCGGACCGAAGAAUGGUCCUCCGAUACGGAGAGCGGGUAUGACUCUAAUUCUGCAAGUGAGGAUGAGUACGAAAGCGAGGGAAUAGAUGAUGCGACAAUACACAGCGACGGUGGCUCAAAUGAGGAUGAAGACGAUUUGGUCGUACAAUCUGGCUCUGACGAAGAUAAUUCGUCUACCUUUGACGGAUUUUCUCCUAUUCAGGACGAGAAUCCUGAGCUUCAUUUGGACGGCGAAAUAGAAAUCGGCAUCGCCAAUUUCUCUAGCUUUGUUGUGCCUGAGUCACCCAAUCAUUAUGAUAACGCUUCAGAGCAGGAUGAUUCUGACGAGGAGCCCGUUCAGAAGACCGCCCGACGCAAACGUCGUAUUGUAUCUUCGGACGAUGAAGAUGAUAUUAAUGGUGAGCGUGACGAAGAAGUUAAAAUGCCGUCGCGGCCUGCUAAGCGGAGCCGUAUCGUCCUUUCCGAUACCGAAGAUGAGGACGAUGAGGAUGGAGACGAAGACACGAAGCAAGGCCACAAUAUUUCAUACGAAUCGGAAGAAUCUGACGAGCCCGAGGAUGAGGAUGAAGAACCCGUAAAGACCAAGUCAAUGUCUCUGUUUGAGAAAUUGAAGCAGUAUCGCCAAGAAAACCCUCUCCCUCCGGACUCAGAGGCUAGCUCGGAUGUUGAAGCAUCGAUGGGCAGUGAAGGUUUGGAUGCAGGCAACAACAUCAAUUUCCCGGACGAUGAGACCGAAGACGAGCACGACUUAUUGGAGAACGGUGGAAUAGGGGUGGAUAUGUCUGAAGAGCGUUCCGAGGGCGAUGAAGAUGAUGAAGAUGGAUGGUAAUGGGUUGACUACGUGCCAUAUAUUGGUACGGAGUAUGAAGACGCUGGUUUUCAUUCUAGUAUACGGCGGCGAUGGGCUUUAGAGCGGCGUUGAUUCUACUCGACUACCUAUAAUCCGGAUUUAUCUAGGCACUCGUUAGCGGACCUCUUGCGUUUAUAAGGAUAGCAUGUACAUUGUAUGGAGUCUCGGAUGAUUUAACAGGCCUGGGGGCAUAAGCGUCCUGGAUUCGGGUUGAGACUCUUUACCAUUUGGGCACAUUAAGGAUUGAUGCCUAUCAGUUAACACCGAUAAUUCAAUCUCCAAGCUUGGAGUAUGCGU